AUGCCUGUAAGCUGGAACAAGAUGAUUUUGCUACUAGGAAUGGUCUGUUUGGAACAAGGCACAUCUGCAAAUCUUCCUCUUCCCAAAGGUACUGAAUGUGGGAAGAAUCUGGCUAAGAUAGGGCCUCAGAAUUAUUUUAACAUUUUCAGUCGCAUUGUUGGGGGAAGCCAAGUGAAAAAGGGUUCUUACCCCUGGCAGGUGUCUCUGAAACAAAGGCAGAAGCAUAUCUGUGGAGGAACCAUCAUCUCUCCACAGUGGGUGAUCACAGCUGCUCACUGUGUGGCAAACAGAAACUUUGCAUCAACUUUGAACGUUACUGCUGGAGAACAUGACUUGAGCCAGGAAGAGCCAGGAGAGCAAACCCUCACCAUUGAAACCAUCAUUGUACACCCACGAUUCACCAUCAAGAAACCAAUGGACUAUGAUAUUGCCAUUUUGAGGAUGGCUGGGACCUUCCAAUUUGGCCAGUCGGUGGGACCUGUGUGUCUUCCAGAACCAGGGGAGAGAUUUGAGGCUGGAUUUAUUUGUACAACUGCAGGCUGGGGCCGCUUGACUGAAGAUGGCAUCCUCUCACAAGUCCUGCAGGAGGUGAACCUGCCUAUUUUGUCCAAGAAAGAGUGUGUGGCAGCUCUGUUAACCCUAAAGAAUCCAUUUAAUGGGAAGACCUUUCUCUGCACAGGCUCCCCUGAUGGAGGGAGGGAUGCAUGUAAGGGAGAUUCAGGUGGCUCACUCAUGUGCCGAAAUAAGAAAGGAACCUGGACUCUGGCUGGCGUGACUUCCUGGGGUUUGGGCUGUGGUCGAAGCUGGAGAAACAAUGGGCAGAAAGAUGAGCAAGGGUCCCCUGGGAUCUUCACAGAUCUUAGUAAAGUGCUUCCCUGGAUCCGUGAACACAUCCAAACUGGACAUCAAAGAAAGAGCUCCAGAGCAUCAUGCAGUGAAAAGGAUGGUCUAGUCAGCGGGUCUGAUGGGGAGCUGCACUUCCCAGAAAGUCUCCACGUGUAUUAUGACAGUGAGCAACAGUGUGUAUGGACCCUGUUGGCACCAGAGGGAAUGCAUGUGUUGCUCAGUUUUUCCCGCAUGGAUGCAGAGGCUUGUCACCACAAUCACCUGGCAAUGUAUUCUUUGGAAGACAGACUCUUUGGAAAACUCUGUGGAGAAAUCCUCCCUUCGUCUGUUCUUGUUGGUUCCAAUUCUAUAAAGCUGAAGUUCAUUUCUGAUGCCACAGAUUAUGCCACUGGGUUUAAUCUCACCUAUAAAGCUGUUACCCCAAACUACUUUCCUGAUUCAGGUUGCAAUUCCUUAACUAUCCUUUUUAAAGAAGGCAUCAUACAGAGUCUUCACUAUCCUGAAGACUACAAUAACAUGGCCAACUGUAACUGGAUUUUUCAAGCCCCCAAACAUCACAUAAUUAAGCUGUCAUUUCAGAGUCUGGAAAUAGAAGAAAGUGGAGACUGCACUUCUGACUAUGUGACAGUGCACAGUGACGUUGAAAGGAAGAAGGAAAUAGCUCGGCUGUGUGGCUAUGAUGUUCCUCCCCCCGUGCUGAGCUCCUCCAGUGUCAUGCUCAUCAACUUCCAAUCAGAUGAAAAUGGCACCUUCAGAGGCUUCCAGGCUGCAGUCUCCUUCAUUCCUAUAGCAGAUUUAAACACCUCGGUAUUAGAGGAUGAACCAGUGUUUCUGGAGACAUGGAAUGUGCCAUCUGAAGAAAUUAAUGCUUCUGGAAGCCUCAGCCCUGCUUUUAAGACCUUCCAACUCAAUACGCCAACCCACACAGAUUGUCCAGGAUGA